UCGGCAAGUAAAUAACAUUGCAGAGCUUGUAAUCUGCGGACACAGCUAAGUGGAGCGAAGUGAAAAAUUUCCAUUGAUAGUGCUAGAAUUACGUGUUAGACAACAUGUGGCAAGCGUCAGAAACAACGUUGUAUUCCAUUAUCGUAUUCCUAUUGCUUGAAACACUGUUGGAGUUGUAUUUAACGGCGCGACAGAUACUUGUGUACAAACGAAGUAAAACAGUCCCAAAGGAUCUUGAGCAUGUCAUGAACGUGGAGACAUUCGAGAAAGCCCGUGUAUACGGGUUAGAUAAGGCGUACUUUGAAGUCUUCAAGAUGGUAUUGUGCGGUAUAUUGAUAUCGUUGCUGGAGCUGUAUUACGGCUUCAUGGGUUUCAUUUGGGUUCAUUCCGCACAAUUGACUGAACGAAUUGGAUUAAACCCAAGUAGCGAAAUUCAGGUGGGGUUCGUUUUCGCAUUAGUGUUAAACACAAUCGGACUGCUCAAGGAAAUUCCCUUCAAAGUGUAUGAAACUUUUGUGCUUGAAGAACGACAUGGCUUCAACAAACAGACAGUUGGCUUUUUCAUAAAGGAUCAAAUUAAAGCCUUUGUGGUUGCGCAAGUACUAACUUUACCGAUAGCAGCGGCUUUCAUAUACAUCGUUCAAAUCGGAGGAGAAUAUUUCUUCAUUUGGCUGUGGGCGUUUGUAUCCGUCAUUUGUCUAGUACUUAUCACCGUCUAUCCAGUCUAUAUUGCACCAAUAUUCGAUAAAUUUCGACCCCUUGAAGAUGGAGACCUAAAACAAAGUAUACACGCCUUAGCCAGUAAGGUCAAGUUCCCCCUAGGACAGCUGUUUGUCGUUGAGGGAUCUAAACGAUCAGCGCACAGCAAUGCUUACUUCACCGGAUUGUUUGGUGUAAAACGAAUCGUGCUUUUCGAUACGUUGCUCAUCAACAAAGGGCUGCCGGAAGAUGACCCGACUUUAACGGAAAGCGACAAGAGCAAAGGAUGUAAAAAUGAAGAAGUACUAGCGGUUUUAGCACAUGAACUUGGUCAUUGGAAGUUGGGUCAUGUUUCUAAGAAUAUCAUUAUCAUGCAGGUGCAAAUGUUUUUAAUAUUUUUCAUCUUCUCGCAACUGUUCACAUACAGUCCGCUUUACGAAGCCGUUGGAUUACCUGUCGGCGAAAAGCCCAUCUUGAUCGGAUUUGUGGUGAUUGUUAUGUAUAUUUUAGCACCGUACAAUACAAUAAUUUCAUUUGCCAUGACCGUCAUGUCCAGAAGAUUCGAGUAUCAAGCUGACGCGUUCGCCCAGGAACUCGGCUAUGCUAAAGAGUUGGGCAAUGCUCUUGUGAAACUGCAACUAGACAACCUAGGUUUUCCGGAAUAUGACUGGUUGUAUUCGACAUGGAAUCAUUCCCAUCCUACGGUGCUACAACGUUUGGAGCGAUUAAAGAGCAAGGGAGUCAAGGAUAAAUCACAAUAAGCACCAAUAAGAACUUUUGCGUACUGCUUUUUUCCCCUUUUCGCUACCAAUUGAUGUCACUUCCUACAAAUUAUUAUAUAAAACGUCAACACGCAUAAAAACGAUAAUAA